AUGUGGUUUGACUUAAACAAUACGUUGGAAAAUAGGUCCUUGGACUUCUGGGACAUGAACAUGUCUCCCCGGGUUUACAGCGUGUACAGUGCUGUAUACGACAUCACUCACGUCCUCCACCAAGGGAUCUGGGCUGAGAAGGACAUGGAGUCAUCAGAAGAUGGACCAAGUCGGAUCCCUCAUCCAUGGCAGCUUCACAUAUCUCUGAAGAACACUCAGAUCCACACCGGCGCUGGUGAGCAGGUCCAUCUGGAUGACCUCGGCUGGAGUACCAGUAGGUUUGACAUCCUGAACUCUCAGAUUUUGCAGAACGGCACCAAGGUCUACGUCAGAGUUGGAGAGUUCAUCCCCUUGGCCCCAGCUGGCCAGGAGUUCAUCAUCAAUGAGGAGAGGAUCAUGUGGGAUGGGCUAUUUUCUCAGGUAAUAAAGGAGGAGGAGGAGCAGCAGGAGGAGGAGGAGGUCAUUUCCAUUGUGUCGGCCAAGACGGUCACUGUGGUUUUGGCCUUCACGGCCAUUGGGCCGGGGAGCAGAAUGAGCAAGAGGCUGGGGACCAGAGUGCCUUCCUCCAUCACCUGCACCUGCUCCCUCGUCCAAGUGGGCAUCUGCACGGUCUGGCUGGGGAUCUCAGAUCCGUUCCCCGACGUGGACGUGGCGUCCGAGGACUGGGUCAUCAUCAUCCAGUGCACUGAGGGCUCCGCCACAGCUCUCUACUGUGUCCUGGGCUAUAUGGGGCUCCUGACCCUGGUCAGGUUCGCGGGAGGAAAGGCUCAAUGUCCUGCCCAUUUCACUCUUUCCCUCCUCACACAUAACCUCCGCUCCGUGUGUAGCGAGAGCUGCCAGACAGGUUUCAGGAAAACGGCUCGAGAAGGGAAAACCGCCUGCUGCUACGACUGCGUAUCCUGUGCCGAGGGAGAGAUCAGCAAUCGGACGGAUACGGAUCAAUGUGUCAAGUGCGCCGAAAAUGAAUUUCCAAAUCCUCAAAGAGAUCAGUGUAAUCCAAAAGGGGAGAUCUUCCUUUCCUACGAGGAACCGCUGGGAAUGGUUCUGGUGUCUUUAGGCCUCUGUUUCUCUCUCCUAAGCGCUCUGAUUUUGGGGGUCUUUGUCCACCGCCAGAACACCCCCAUAGUGAAAGCUAACAACUGCAGUCUCAGUUACACGCUCCUCACUGCCCUCUUGCUCUGCUUCCUGUCCUCCUUGACCUUCCCCGGCCUAGUCACCUGCCUCCUGCGACAGAUAACCUUCGGAGUCAUCUUUUCAGGGGCCAUUUCCGCCGUGCUGACUAAGAUAGUCACUCGGAUCCUAGCCUUCAAGGCUACCAGGCCGGGGAGCAGAAAGAGGACAUGGCUGGGGCCCAGGGUGCCUUUCUCCAUUGUCCGCAUCUGCUCUCUCAUCCAAGUGGGCAUCUGCACAGUCUGGCUGGGGACCUCCCCCCCGUUCCCUGACAGGGAAAAGGCUUCUGAAGCCGAGGUCAUCAUCAUCCAGUGCAACGAGGGCUCCGCCACAGCCUUCUACUGCGUCCUGGGCUACAUCGGACUCCUGGCCCUAGUCAGCCUCAUGGUUGCCUUCCUGGCCAGGAAGCAGCCAGACAGCGACAAUGAGACCAGGUUCAUCAUGUUCAGCAUGUUGAUGUUCUUCAGCGUCUGGGUCUCCUUUCUGCCCAUGUACCUGAGCACCAAGGGCAAGGCCAUGGUGGCCGUGGAGGUCUUCUCCUUCCUGGCCUCCAGCGCCGGGCUCCUCUGCUGUAUCUUUAGGCCCAAGGUCUACGUGAUCUUGCUAAGGCCAGACAGGAACAUCAGAGGGCGGCUCCUGGGGCGGCAGGGGAAUCCUUAA